AUGGGCAGCAAGUCCAGCAAGGUGGCAAGUCGCUCUGGAGACCCGUCUGAUCGGGCCAGUAGCCAGGACAACAGCCCCCACAGGAACAAUCCCAAUCGGAGACUUGCGAAUCCUUCCCGCCGGAGCUAUCAGCGUCCUCAGAACGACAGACCUUUCCCUGGCCCGCCGCCGCGUGUUCCUGGAUCAUCAUCAGCCGGGUCUGCAGCGCGACCGUCGCCAGCGCCCUCGGUGGCUUCGAAUGCUCUUUCUCGUGUGACCACAGCGUCAUCGUCUGGUGCAUCUCAUGUUGCCCCUUUACGGACCCGGCCAACCGAUUCAUCCUAUGGGCCGAGGCUAUCCUUCAAGAUAUGGAACAAGCCCGACAACUGCCCAUUGACUGUCGCGCCGCCGGCUCCCGGAGACUAUUAUCUACAUGCUCCCCUGAUUCCCGGGCAGACCGAACCAUACAAACAAGGCCAGGGGCCAGGCGGCGUCAGGGCUGUGUACAACCGUAACGACCAGACACAUUUCGAUGUGAUCCAGCACGACACCAAGAAGCCGCAGACAGCAUCUGGUGCCCACCAGUUUACUAUGAGGCCAUAUGUGCCGGCAGCCACACGUCCCCCGCACCGAUAG